AUGCCCCCAGAUCCUUCUGCAAAUAACAAUAAACAGCGUGGGAAAUACACUACCAGAGCAUGCGAAGAAUGUCGCCGUCGUCGCGCCAAGUGCGAUGGAAAAAGGCCAUCUUGCUCUAAGUGUCUCCAGGGGGAUAUCUCAUGUCAGUAUUCAGUCGUGGAAGAUGGUAGGAGGCCAGCGUCGAAGACUUAUGUUCUUUCACUACGGCAGAGGAUCGAGUCGUUGGAGCUGCUUUUGGAGAGGCAUGGGAUUGACCCACAUGAGCGUGAACAGCCGAGUUCCAAAAGAGUGGAUUAUGCGGCAACUGUGAAGAAGGGGGAUGAGGAUGCCGCAAUAGAUGAGCUUGCGGAGGGAGUUAAAGGUAAACUCGCGCUCGAUGAGUCGCUGAAUUUCGAUAAGCAUGGCGAAUUGCGGUAUUUUGGGCCGACGAGUGGAAGGCUCGAAUUCCAGGGUUCUUCUGAUCCUCUCAGUGCCUCCGAUCACGGUAAAAUUUCUGCAAUAACGUGUCUUGAUUCUAUAAUCACAGGUUUGGACGACGUUGGAUUUACAAGACCUAUACAAGAACACCUGAUCAGCCUCUAUUUCAAAUGGGAGCAGCCGUGGUUUGCAGUUGUCGAUGAAGAGCUCUUUCGUCAGAGCAUGUAUUGUUGCGGAAGGUAUUGGAGCUCGCUGCUGCAUCUUGCAAUUCUUGCCGUUGGGUCACGGUACUCGGAUCGUAUAGAUGUCCGAUCAGACCCAGACAAUCCCAACACAGCAGGAAAGUAUUUCCUUGAACAGGCAAAGCGUCGUCUCCAUAGCGAGAUGGAGAGACCUAGUCUGAUGACCAUCCAGACACUGGCUAUUAUUGGCACAUUCUAUGUCGCAAUUGGUGCUGACGCUGCAUGCUGGCUGUAUCUUGGGAUGGCAGGCCGAUUGUGUCUUGAUAUGGGAUUGAAUUUAGAUCCGGCUGGUUUUGAAGAGACGAAUAUGAUGUCGCAUCGGGAAAUUCAGCUGAGGAGACAGAUUUAUUGGACGUUGUACUGUCAUGAUAAGUGGGCUUCUAGCUAUACGGGGAGAGUUUGCUCCAUGCUGGAUUCGCAAGCAGCCGUCAAAAUGCCCGACGACGACGAAAUAUCUGAUACCGAUAGUCCAGCUCUAAAAGCAUUCAGACCACUGCAAAGAGCGAUGAUUAGCAUAUGCAAAAUACAGGAAAACAUUAUUCUCUCACUAUGGGCCCCCAAACCCCUUUUGAAAGACAACCAACGCCCAACCUUCCUGGAGUCCUGUCUUCUAGAUCUGAGAACAUGGUUCUAUGAUCUCCCCACAAAACUCAGAGUCGACCGUCCAAAUGACAUCCCCCACGCAUACAUCCUCCACAUGAUCUACCACACAGCAAGAAUCCUCCUCGCAAAGCCAUUCAUUAUGAGAGGAAAUUCACAUCCGAGCAAGAACCAGACAGGUUGCAAGACCAUCGACCUAGCAACUUCCAUUUGCCGUGAAUCAGCCCGGGCAAUCUGUCUGGUCGCUCAGAGAUACCGGCAGGUAUUUGGCGGUUUUCACCUCAGCCCUAUUUCAGCGACGCAUUGCACGUUAUUGGCGACUUUGGUUUUGCUUGGCGAAAGGGAGAAUCUGAUCCUUCCGUCGCACAAAAAUAAACUAAGUCUUUGUCUGACUGUACUCGACGAACUCUCCAAAUCGUGGCAUCCGGCACGGCUCAUUGGGCAUAAUCUUCGGAAACUUUGCCACUCGGAAAUUCCGAAUCAAAUGAUUUCACCCCCGGGAGGAGAAAAUAACAUCGACCGUGAUGGCAACGAGACUGGGUUCCCAUUGGAUCUGGAUCUAGGACUCGAACUGCCGAAUAUCAGUUUCGAUGGGAUUGAACCGGAGCAACAUACGAAUUUCGGGAGUGCAUUAACUAGUCAGUAUGAGCUUUCUGUGCCGAUGGAAUCCCUUCCGAUUGAUUAUGGGUUCUUUGAUAUUCUAAACCAAUCUAGUUGGGAUCAGAUGUGGUAG